CUUGGGAUUGGGUAUCUUCUUCUUCUUCUCUUUUUGUCUUCAACUGUUCGAAGUUCUCCUCUUUUCUUGUGUGUUCCCUGGUUCAACUUCAACAGCCACAUCCAUACCAUAUCCACAAUAUCUCUCUUCUCUUCUGAAGUCUCGUUUUCAGACAAAACAUCUGAUGAGAGACUCGCUGUAAUUAGAACAUUUUCCAUGGCGGUUUAUUACCAAACUAGUGUCGGGAUGCAAUCUCUGUACCAAGAACCAAUCUACCUCAACGAACAACAACAACAGCAAGCUUCUUCUUCCUCUGCCGAGAUGGUUUUUAUCCCACCAACAAGCGACGAGGCAGUGGUCACAGGUCUCAACGGAAGCAGCGUAAGCAACGAUCUAAGCUUUCAGGGAGGAGGACUCUCGCUAAGCCUCGGCAACCACCAGAUCCAAUACCAUUACCAGAACCUCUCUAACCAGUUGAGUUACCCUUCUCUGUCUGAUGAGAAUGACAAGAGCUUGCAUCAUCAUCAACAACAACAACCUGAGCAUGUUCCUUCCUCUGGUUACAUCAAUGGAGUUGGAUCAGGACUCUACAACAACCACCGUUACGAGACAACAGGGGGGUUCGUGAGCAGCGUUCUAAGAUCUCCUUACCUUAAACCAACACAACAACUGCUAGACGAAGUCGUUAGCGUCAGGAAGUUGGGUGGUGGUGAUAGUAACAAGAAGAUCAAGAACAACAACAACAGCGACUUUACUAAUAACGGGUCUAGCGAAAACAACAACGAGGAGUUAUCUUCUUCAGAACGUCAAGAGCUUCAGAGCAAGAAGAACAAGCUCUUAACAAUGGUGAACGAGGUAGACGCAAGGUACAACCAAUACCACCAUCAAAUGGAAGCUUUGGCUUCGUCUUUCGAGAUGGUAGCUGGUCUCGGAGCAGCUAAGCCUUACACGUCGGUGGCGCUGAACAGAAUCUCUCGCCAUUUCCGGUGCUUGAGGGAUGCGUUAAAGGAACAGGUUGGGGUGAUGAGAGGGAAGCUUGGGGAGGAGGAGGAUAAGGAAGAGGAAGGAGAGAGGAUACCGCGUCUUAGGUAUUUAGAUCAGAGGUUGAGACAGCAGAGAGCUUUGCAUCAACAGCUUGGUAUGGUGGUUAGACCAUCUUGGAGACCACAACGAGGCUUACCUGAAAACUCUGUCUCUAUACUCCGCGCUUGGCUCUUUGAGCAUUUCCUUCAUCCUUAUCCUAAGGAGUCAGAGAAGAUCAUGCUUGCUAAACAGACAGGACUAUCUAAAAACCAGGUUGCGAACUGGUUUAUUAAUGCGAGAGUUCGGCUAUGGAAACCGAUGAUAGAAGAGAUGUAUAAAGAAGAGUUUGGAGAUUCAUCAGAGUUACUCUCUAACUCUAAUCAAGACAACAACAACAAGCAGGAAACAUCUCAGCUCAAACAUGAAGACUCUUCUUCUUCGCAACAACAGAGUCAUGGAAACAACAACAACGUCACAUAUACAUCUGAUGCAGAGCGUGGAGAUUAUGACAGCUUGAUGAACUAUCAUCAAGGGUUUGGUGCGGAUGAUUACAACCGCUACAUUGGUGGCCUUGGAAACCAGCAGGAUGGCAGAUUCUCUAACCCCCAUCAGUUACAUGACUUUGUUGUCUGAAAACGUUUCAAGAAACUGGCAAUGCCCGCCAGUGAUUGGAGUAGUGAUUCUUGAAGCGCAAGAAAAGAUGCGCUUUUUGCCUUCUUAAUAGAUAGAGGGGAUACACAAUAUAUAUAUCUCUAGUAUUUCCUGGUUAGUCUUUAGGUUUGUAUAUGAAACCGAGCCUUUAUGUACACUUUGGUAAGGCCAAAUAUUAUAUUGUUUUGUGUAUAA